AUGUCCGGCGGAGGAGGGGAAGGGGAAGGGGAAGGGACGACGUUGGAGUUCACGCCGACUUGGGUGGUCGCCGCCGUGUGCACCGUCAUCGUAGCCAUCUCCCUGGCGGCCGAGCGCCUCCUUCACUACGCCGGAAAGACUUUGAAGAGGAAGAACCAAAAGCCGCUCUUUGAAGCUUUACAGAAAGUUAAAGAAGAACUGAUGCUCUUGGGGUUCAUAUCUCUUAUGUUGACUGUAUUCCAAGGCCGUAUAGUCAAGAUUUGUGUGCCUCGGGAUAUUAUGAUACAUCUUCUACCAUGCUCGUUGCCUUCAGAAUCUUCUGGUGGACAUGAAUCGGGUGCCUCCCCUGAAGUGAGUGGGCCUCAUCGGCGUUUGCUUGCUGAAGGAGCUGCUGGAGGCUAUUGUUCUGCAAAGGAUAAGGUUCCUCUAUUAUCACUUGAAGCGUUGCAUCAUCUACACAUCUUUAUCUUUGUUUUAGCUAUUGUCCACGUGACCUUCUCUGUUCUCACUGUUGUAUUUGGAGGGGCAAAGAUACGACAAUGGAAACAUUGGGAGGACGCUAUUGCUAAGGAUAAUUAUGACACAUCACAUGCUUUGAAACCCCGGUUCACACAUGUUCGAGAACACGAUUUCAUCAAGACACGAUUUUUGGGCUUGGGUAAACAUUCUGCUAUUUUAGGGUGGUUGCACUCCUUCUUUAAGCAAUUCUAUGGAUCUGUCACAAAAUCAGAUUACGCAGCUCUCAGACUUGGUUUUAUUAUGACACACUGCCGAGGGAACCCAAAGUUUAAUUUCCACAAGUACAUGAUACGUGCUUUGGAAGAUGACUUCAAGAAAGUUGUUGGCAUAAGUUGGUAUUUGUGGGUAUUUGUCGUCAUCUUCUUGUUGUUGAAUAUUGAAGGUUGGCAUACUUACUUUUGGAUCGCAUUUAUUCCCCUUGUUCUGCUGCUUGCUGUUGGCACUAAGCUCGAGCACGUUAUUAGCCAGCUGGCUCAUGAGGUUGCAGAAAAACACGUGGCAGUCGAGGGUGAGUUAGUUGUGCAGCCUUCUGACGAUCACUUUUGGUUCCAUCGACCCCACUUUGUGCUUUUCUUGAUCCAUUUCAUCCUCUUCCAAAACGCAUUCGAGAUUGCAUUUUUCUUCUGGAUAUUGGUCCAAUAUGGAUUCGACUCCUGCAUUAUGGGACAAGUUCGGUACAUUGUUCCAAGGCUCGUAAUUGGAGUAUUUAUUCAGGUACUCUGCAGUUACAGUACCUUGCCCCUCUAUGCUCUCGUCACUCAGAUGGGAACUAAUUUCAAAAAGUCGAUAUUUGACGAGCACGUGCAAGUUGGGCUUGUUGGGUGGGCACAGAAAGUGAAGAAGAAGAAAGGUUUGAAGGCGGCGGCCGAAGGUGGAUCCACCACCCAAAGCGGUGGUUCUUUGCUAGGAAUUCAGUUAACCGGCACUACUCGCAAGGAAAACAAGCCACAAGACGAGGAGAAAUAUGUGCUUGGACUGACCAGAGACCAGACUCUAGAGCAAAGAGUGUCCCUGAAGCCAGAUCUCUUCGAGGGAAUGCGAUUUGACUUUACAAAAGGACUCAAUCAGAAAUUUUCUCUGAGCCAUAGUUUGAUGAUGGGGCCGACAGAGAUUCCAUCUCAGUCACCGGAAACAAUUAAAAUCCCCACUGCUCAGUAUGAGUUUGGUGCUAACUAUUUGGACCCAAAGUUAGUACUUAUGGGGAGAUUGAUGACAGAUGGAAGAUUAACCGCGAGACUGAAGUGUGAUUUGACUGAGAAUCUGGCUCUGAGGGCUAAUGCUCAACUUACAAAUGAGCCACAUAUGUCACAAGGCAUGUUCAAUUUUGAUUAUAAGGGAUCAGACUAUAGGACUCAGUUCCAACUAGGAAAUGGAGGUUUACUCGGCGCAAGUUACAUCCAGAGCGUGACUCCUCGUUUGUCAUUGGGUGGUGAAAUAUUCUGGGCUGGUCAACAUCGGAAAUCUGGCCUUGGUUAUGCGGCUCGUUACAGCACUGACAAGAUGGUUGCAGCUGGACAAAUUGCCAGUACUGGUAUGGUUGCUUUAAGCUACGUUCAGAAAGUAUCUGAAAAGGUUUCUCUAGCAUCAGACUUCAUGUACAACGCUAUGUCAAGGGAUGUCACAGCUAGCUUUGGAUAUGAUUAUAUUCUACGCCAGUGUCGUUUAAGAGGAAAGAUAGAUUCUAACGGUGUCGUGGCUGCUUUCCUGGAGGAGCGUUUUAAUAUGGGCCUCAACUUUAUCCUUUCGGCUGAGAUUGAUCACAAGAAGAAGGAUUACAAGUUUGGAUUUGGACUGACAGUGGGAGAAUAG